CUCUUCCCACACUGGGGGCAGAGUCGAGGUCCAGGUGUGUGUGUUCAGGCUCACUGGGCAGCAGAAGGGUGGCGAAUGGGUGAUGCCGAUGCUGGGCGGUGGGGCCAUGGAUGUGGAAGGUGUGACUGAUUUCAGAGCCCUCCGAGCCAAAUUUCAGCACGACUCCAGCCUUGCCACCAAGCCAGUGCAGCCCUGCCAGAAGCCCUGCCCCAGGUUGGAGUCCAGAGGUGAUGGCAUGCCCAACAGUAAGGCAGAUGUGCUGGUACCCAGACCCCACAGUGAACCUCCCUGUCCUGCAUCCCAGCCCUCUGCCAUUGCCCAGAGGGCCAAGAUGGGCCACGCAGAUCCAAAGGAGCACAAUGAAGAGCACAAAGGAAACAUCUCGGUGAAAGGGCUGAGCUCUCCCAAAAGCAGUUCUCCAAAGUAUCCAGUGUCCUAUUGCACCGAGCAGCAAGCAUCAGUCCAAGCUGGCCCUGAGGAUGCUCCGCUCCUGAACUCUUUCCACCAUGCACUACGGAUGUGGCAGAACACUUUAUCUGGUGGUGAGAAAGCAAGUACUGAACUGCCAGCCUUGCGGCCAAUGAACCUCUACGUGCAGCCCAGACCAGGGCAGAGGGUGCUGCGUGCUCCUGCCACAUCAAACGGCAGCAAGGUGCCUCCAGUUAGCAGCUAUCCUACACCAGCCCCACCUGCCCAGGGGCUGGCUGCUGCCCAGGCAGCCCAGGGAGAUGGGAAAGCUGCUGGGAGCUCUGUGGAAACUACAUUGCAACCUCAAUGCCAGAAAGCAGAGUCAAAGCCUCCCCACAGUCAGCUGGGAACAGGGACGCAGCUGGACAGCCCAGGCAGCAAACUACCCAAGAUAAGACCUCUUCCUUCAGCUGCAUCCCUGGGUCCUGCUCCUCGGAAGCCCUUGAGACCCCCGAAGGUUGAUCUCAGCUCUUUCCGAAGCAUGCUACCUUCAGUUCACAGACAAAAUGAAACAACUGCUGAGGAAGAGGAUUACCUGAUUCCCGAAAGCACUCAACGUGAAGAGCAGCAUAAUUACGAGAAAACCUUGAUGUACCUGAAUCAGUCUGAGGACACCACAACCUUGUGUGUCAUUGAAGUACCUAAGGUAGAACCUCAAGAACACAAGAAACAGAAGAAUUUUCUCUUUGGUGAAUCCAGUCCCAGAAGAGCUAUAAUAGAGGAUGAGAAAGAAGGAAAAACAAGUCUUGAAAGAGAGAAACAGGAAGUGAAGAAGCCAGGUGGAAAUGAAUACAUAAUUCUCAGUGACCAAGCCAGGGAAGAUGGCAGAGGUGGGAUGAAGGCGUUGCAUAUGAGGCAGGAUGUGACCAGUACCCCCCAAAGGUUGGCAAAAGACAGAGCAAAACCCUUGUACUAUGGUGCUCCUGAACCAACCGAAGACAGACCAACCUCAAGACCAAACCAUCAUCAGCUCCUGCUGACCCCAGAGGAUGUGUAUGAUGAUGUUGAGGGACUUCAAGACAGACUCAGCCAUGCUUCAGAUGCCUCAAGUCCAUCUGCUUCAGACAGCAGAAGCAACUAUGAGGAAACAUAUGAAGAUGUUGAAACUGGGAGUGAUAAUCCAGCAAAAGAGAAAGCAGAAAAACAAAAGAGAUUUGGAAAGCUGUUUAAGAUAGAAAAAUUGAAACUGAAAAAUACCAGGUUCAAGGAAAACUUAAGGUUGUUUUCCAUGUCGGCGCCAAAUUUAGCAGAUGUCUCCCAGGAGGACAUGGUGUACGACGAUGCUGAGACCGAGCAAAAAGACCCCAGAGAGAAGGAUGACAAGUGCAAAACGUGGAUGCCAAAAUUCCUGAUGGCAAAAGAAGUGAAGGACCGACGGAGGAGCAGUGACGACGUGGAAAGAAGUAUCUUUAAAUUCAAGAAGAGCAAUGCAGAAAAAAAUAAGAUGGAAAAUGAAGAGAAGAUAUUUAGAGAAACAUUUCUGUAUGACAAGGAGAUCCGAGUCAUCAACACAGCAACCGCUGCAUGCUCCAUCCCCAGCAUGAGGAGAGCUGACCUCCCGCUCACAGCUGGAGAACAGCUGGAUGUGAUCGAUGUCACCGAGGGCAGCGCAGUGAUAUGCCGCAAUUCAGAGGGCAGAUAUGGGUAUGUCCUAGUGGAGUACUUGAACUUCAGGCAGUACUGACGGCCCCGGAGCAUCCCCAAAGUGCUGUUUCGAGCCUGGGAGAGCCCAUGUUUGUCAAUGUGGGGAGCUGAUGCCUAUGUAAAUAAAGCUUUAUUUUUUACACUUUCUGUGGUAAGCAUGCAAGAGACACUUUCUUUUUUUCUUUUUUUCUUUUUUUUUGUUUUUUUUUUGUUUUGUUUUGUUUUGUUUUUGGCCUAUUUUGAACGUUUUCUCUGAUUUUUCUCAACAUCAGUUACUUCUAGGGUUACUCUCUUUCUACCUCCCUGUUUACCUCUGGAAUGGCUACGAAAUUUGCAUGAGGGGUCUUAUGCAGUUUAGUUGCUCCAUGUCCAUCUUUUAGUGUCCUUUUUUAAGUGCUGGAAUUACAUGGUUUCCAAUCACACAACAUUGAGUUUCCUUUCAUCUUGAAAGCAUUGGGGCAACAGGUAUUUAUUACAUUCUUGAUGUAUGAAGUACAUAAAAUAGUGGAAAAGUUGGCUAGUUCCUUUCCAAAAUAAAAAAAAAAAAAGGGGGAGGGGGGAAAGAAAUUAAAAAGUAAAUAAAGCCUUCAGUAGAAAUGUGCUUUAUUUUUGCAAGCUAACAUAGGCAUCCAGGCCGUGUGAAGGCUGCCUUCUGGCUUCCCCACUGCACAGCAGCAGGUAUGCACCCAACAGUUGUCCCUGUGUUCGGAAUGCUGAGUGCUUGUUUUCAGAAAAAGGCUCCUAAAAGUAGGAGGAGAAAUAUAAACUGCCAAUGGCUUCUCCUCGGCGUACCCAGUGAAUGCCUUUUCAAAAGAAGAAAGGAAAAAAAAAAAAAAUAUAAAGUGAACUCUGAGUUUGUUUUCCAGUAAGGUUUUUACGUGGCUUUUGGCAGAAAGGGACAUGAACAUAGUUGUGCUAUGCAGCCCCUCCCCAGCCCCCUAUCGGUGCGCUCAUAAAUAACCCUGAAAAUGUAGGUGGCUUAAUUAGAAAUUAUUAAAUGUUCCAGGCUUAAGAAAACAUGGCAAAAUAAAAACGCUGUUUGCCGCAUGGCCAUUUCAAAGCUGGCAUCGAAGGCAUCAGGAAAACAGAGCAAAUAUUUAACAUUUACUUUCAAGUCUAUACAGGCAUUCUUAUUUAUUUUACCAUGUGGUUACUAUUAAGUGUAUUGGCCUCCAUCCAUCCUUGAGAGAGAAAAAAAAAAAAGAAAUAAAACAACCCCCUUCAAACAUGCACAGCUUUGCACACUUGCCAGCCUAAAUAUUUAGAUUUCUCCAGGGGAGAUGGAGAGCUGGGGGGCUGAGGGGUGUGCUUGGCCACGGAGCUGCUGGGGAUGUGUGUCCUUCUUCCCCAACCUCCCAGGGCCCUGUCCUGAUAGUAACCAAGUAGAUGUUAGCUCCCUGGGGGGCUCUCCUCCAUGAUCAUGUUUAGAGCUGAUCCCCUUGGGAAAACUCCUGAUUGCUUUUUCGCCCUCAUCUCCCCAUCCAAUGCUACCUCUGUAAAUGAUGCUGCAUGUGCUGCAAGUCUCUUCCCUCGUGGUGAAGCACAAACAUUUGCAUUGGUGUUGGCUGCAGCCAGCAGUUUGCUUGUCACAAGGAAGCCUUGCAAUGCACUCAUGCUGUUUUUCUUCAUGGAUGGAUUCCAGCACACGUACGGAGAGAAAUCACUUGAUAUGGGUUGACUUAAGACAAUACCAAACGCUUUGCAGUCAGCAAUUUGGAUUAGAUUUCCUUGAUUAAACCACAGAUUGGAUAUACUUAGGUCAAGAUGCUGUUUAGGAAAUUGAAGUCUUCCUUUUUUUUUUUU